AUGGCAAAAGGGCUCCUGGUGACCUAUACCCUUUGGGCUUUCGGGGGUCCUGUUGGACUCCACCACCUGUAUCUGGGAAGGGACAGCCAUGCCCUGCUCUGGAUGCUUACCCUGGGAGGUGGUGGGUUGGGCUGGCUCUGGGAGUUCUGGAAACUCCCAAGCUUUGUCGCUCAAGCCAACAGAGCCCAGGGUCGGAAACAGAGCCCAGGGGAGGGGAGGCCACCUCUGAGUCUCCUUCGCUUUGUUGCCCAGAUGAUAGUGGGUAUCUAUUUUGGUCUCGUGGCUCUGGUCAGCCUUUCUGCCAUGGCCCACUUCUACAUUGUGGGCCUUCCACUGGCAGUUAGCUUGGGAGUCCUGCUAGUGGCUGCUGUUGGCAACGAGACGUCAGACUUUAAGAACACGUUAGGAGCGGCUGUCCUCACUUCCCCUGUGUUCUAUGGGCGCCCCAUAGCCAUCCUGCCCAUCAGUUUGGCCGCCAGCGUCACAGCCCAGAAGCAUCGCCGAUACAAAGCUUCCGCGGAGCCGGAGACCAUUAGCGUGCGGCUCUACCGUCUGGGCUUGGCUUACCUCGCCUUCACAGGCCCACUGGCUUACAGUGUCCUGGGCAACACAGCUGCCACCCUCAGCUACGUGGCAGAAACCCUUGGUUCCCUCUUGAGUUGGAUCAGCAUUUUCCCGCUUCUUGGCCGCCUCACGGAGUCUGUCUUCCUCCUGCCUUGCCGGAUCUGGUGGCUGCUGGUUGGGGAUCCUGGCUUCAACAGCAAACAGUUCCAGGAGUGGGAAAGGCUCUAUGAAUUUGUUGACAGUUUUCAGGAGGAGAAACGUCAGCUGGCUUACCAGGUUUUGGGCCUUCCAGAAGGGGCAACCAAUGAAGAAAUUCAUCGGAGUUACCGUGACCUGGUGAAGGUCUGGCACCCAGACCACAACCGGCACCAGACAGAAGAGGCCCAGAGGCACUUUCUGGAGAUCCAGGCUGCGUAUGAAGUCUUAAGUCAGCCCAAGAAACCCAGAGCAUCCUGGAGGUGAAAAGCAGCAUCGAGGUUGGACUCCCUCUCGGCAGAGCUGGGUGGCGUAUUCACAACCUGGGAUCCCAAAAGUGUUAAAGAGGCUGCUUGCAGCAGAGACAAAAACUUUAAAGGGAGGAGAAAGUUUAUGGUAGAGAAUGUAUUUAUGUUCUGAAUUUCUAAGUUCUUGGCUACUGUAUUCUUGACUCUAUUUUCUUAAUACCAUACAGUAAAAGAUAUAUUAUAAAAAUCCACAAAAUAUCUUUCAAAGAAUAACCCACUGUAUCCUAUCUCAGUACAAAUGGAGGAAGAUUAUUUUAAUGUUUAUAAAUGUGUAAGGCACUGGGUUAGGAGACUGGAAAAUAUGAAUAUUCUAAUAUUUCAUAUACUAUCAUAUGACAAAGGGAUUCCAAGAGGCAAGACAUGUCAAAGUUAGAGAUGUCAAAGUCCCAGAAAA